AUGGCACAGGCGGUACAGAGACUGGUCGCCAAAGUCCCCGGAAUGGUCAGUGGUGCAGUGACAUAUGCCAAACCUCGGCUGGGAACCUUCUGGCAUUACGGCCGCGUGGAGCUGGUGCCUCCAUCUCCUGCUGAGAUCCCCAAAGCCAUAGAAGCAGUGAAGGGCCUCAUCAAGAGCUACCAGACUGGACGUGUGGGACAAACUACUGUCAGAGAUGCUCUGAGGAAUGCACUCGUCACAACUGAAGUGCUGAUGUGGUUCUAUAUUGGCGAGUGUAUCGGCAAAGGCGGGCUGGUUGGAUAUGACGUCUGA